CGCGUGUGAAGUUUUGAUUCUCCCGUCGUCGGAACGAAAGUUUCUUCAACAUACAGAUCAUAAGCUCCUUUUGAUUUCCUCCGUCGUCGUCGGAAGCUUUUCGUGACGAUUCCGAUUUGAAUCGGAGAGGUAAUCCGGAUCUGGUAGCGGUUCCGAUAGAUAGGGAUCAUGUCGGACGCUUUGAUAAAUGGAUUGGCGGGAGCUGGUGGUGGGAUCAUUGCUCAACUCCUCACUUAUCCUCUCCAAACUGUAAAUACGCGGCAACAGACGGAGAGGGAUAUCAAGAGGGAGAAGAGGAAGCUUGGAACGAUCGAACACAUGUGUCAGGUUGUGAAACAAGAAGGAUGGGAGAGGUUAUAUGGUGGAUUGGCUCCCUCUCUCGCUGGAACCGCAGCGUCACAGGGUGUGUAUUACUAUUUCUACCAAGUGUUUCGGAAUCAAGCUGAAGCUGCAGCUCUUCUACAGAGUAAGAAAGGGUUGGGUGAUGGUACUGUUGGGAUGUUUUCUUCACUUCUAGUGGCUGCCUUUGCUGGAGUAGUUAACGUUCUUAUGACGAAUCCAAUUUGGGUGAUUGUCACACGCAUGCAGACCCACAGAAAAAUGCCAAAAGAUCAAAAGACAGUCUCUGAGUCACCUCCUUCUGAUAUAGAAGCUCUGGUUCCAGUUGAGCCUCGUCCGUAUGGAACCUUUAAUACGAUUCGAGACGUUUACGAUGAAGCUGGAGUAACUGGCUUCUGGAAAGGUGUAAUUCCGACAUUAAUCAUGGUAAGUAAUCCAUCAAUGCAAUUUAUGUUGUACGAGACAAUGUUAGCAAAGCUGAAGAAGAAUCGUGCCUUGAACGGUAGCAAAAACGUGACGGCUUGGGAGACAUUUCUUCUUGGAGCUGUGGCUAAACUCGGAGCUACAGUCACAACUUAUCCUCUCUUGGUUGUAAAGUCAAGACUUCAAGCCAAACAGGUCACAACAGGAGACAAAAGACACCAGUACAAAGGAACUCUGGAUGCGAUUCUGAAGAUGAUUAGAUAUGAAGGGCUUUACGGAUUUUACAAAGGGAUGAGUACAAAGAUUGUUCAGAGCGUUUUAGCUGCUGCGGUUCUGUUCAUGAUCAAGGAAGAGCUUGUGAAGGGAGCUAAGCUGUUGCUCUCAAACGCGACUUCUAGCAAAGUGAAGUCCAAGCCUUCUUGAGGCUCUCAAUCAAGCUAGGAUUUUAGUAAUAAGAUUUGAAUAACAAAACAAGUAGAUUUAAAUUAAACUUCCAAUAAUUUCUUGAUUAGUUAUCACACAAUCAGGAAUGUUGUGUCAUCAUGUCCUGAUGCUUGCAAAUUGAUAAUUGUAUUUUCCUCCAAAACUAUUGGUUUGUAUGAUCCUCUAUCUUAAAAUUUAGCAGAUUGAUUGUGUUUUUUAUAUGAUUUUU